UCCACCUUGGAUAAAGUAAAAUGGAUACAGUAACAGUAGAAGACAAUGCUGAUAAUCUAGCAAAACGUUUCAGUGUUUACGAUUACGUAGUUUUUGCCGCAACUCUAUCUAUUUCGGCUAUUAUUGGAAUUUACUACGCUUUUAAGGGUCAAAAAACUACCAAAGAUAUACUAAUGGGUGGAAAAUCAAUGUCAGUUUUCCCUGUUUCUAUGUCAGUUCUAGCAAGCUUUAUGUCUGCCAUAACACUACUUGGUACACCUGCAGAAAUGUAUACUUAUGGCACACAGUAUUUCAUGAUUAUAAUAUCGUAUGCCCUAUUGAUACCAUCUGCCUCGUAUUUUUAUUUACCGAUUUUUUAUAAGUUAGAUUUGACUAGUGUUUAUGAGUAUUUAGAAAAAAGGUUCAGUAAAACAGUGAGAACGUUAGCAUCGAUUGCAUUUUCCGUACAAAUGUUAAUUUACAUGGCUAUUGUGCUGUACGCGCCUUCCCUAGCUCUAUCUCAAGUAACAGGAAUAGCCGUCUGGACGUCUGUUCUAUCAAUAGGAUUUGUUUGCACCUUCUACACGACAAUUGGUGGUAUAAAAGCUGUCAUCUGGACCGAUUUAUUCCAAGUUUUAAUAAUGUUCGCUGCCAUGUUUGCUGUGGCAAUUAAGGGGGUGUCGGAUGAAGGUGGGAUCGAAAAGGUUUGGAAGAUCAGCGACGAAGGAGGGAGGAUAGAAUUUUGGAAUUUUGAUACGAGCCCCUUAACCAGACAUACAGUAUGGGGUCUGGCCAUUGGUGGUUAUUUCACGUGGUUAGCCAUAUACGCUGUUAAUCAGUCUAUGGUGCAGAGAUACUUAUCCAUACCCACAUUAAGCAAGGCACAGAGUGUCAUCCUGAUCAAUUUUCCCGGUCUGAGUUUACUACUGUCAUUAACUUGUGUAGUUGGAUUAGCAAUUUAUGUAAAAUACAAAGACUGUGAUCCCAUUAAAAGUAAACAAGUAAAUACUUCAGAUCAGUUGUUUCCUCUGUUUGUGAUGGACGUAUUGGGAGAGAUAUCAGGGAUACCAGGUUUAUUUGUUGCUGGAAUAUUUAGUGGUGCCCUUAGUACAGUAUCAUCGGGAGUCAAUUCUUUAUCAGCUGUUACACUUGAAGACAUCGUCAAAGCUUAUAUAAAACCUAAUAUUUCUGAAGUAUGGGCUGCAAGAUGCACCAAAAUUUUUGCUGUGGUAUACGGAAUUUUAGCCAUUCUUCUCGUACUUGUUGCGGAACAAUUGGGAGAUGUUUUACCUGCUGCUUUAAGCAUAUUUGGAAUGGUUGGUGGACCAGUUUUAGGCCUUUUUACUCUUGGCAUGUUUUUUCCAUGGCCUAAUGUUACCGGUGCUAUUAGUGGCUUUAUAACUGGAUUAAUUUUGCCAUUCUGGAUAGGAUUUGGAUAUUUUAUACAUAAGCCCUACAUUCCCAAGCUUCCGAUAUCAUUAACAGGUUGCAGCAACAGAACUAGUAUUAUAUCCAAUAUAACGACGACUUUGAUGACAACAGUAUCAACGAGUACAGAGUAUACUACAACACCAAUGCCAAUUCAAUAUGAGGGUGGUAUACAGGACCUGUACAGAAUAUCGUACAUAUGGUACAGUGCCAUCGGUUGUACAACUGUCGUAGUAGUUGGCCUACUUGUCAGCUUUUUAACAGGGCCAAAACAACCCUGCGACAUGGAUCCGGCAUUAUUUUCUCCAUUUUUUGAAACCAUAUUUUACUGGUUGCCAUUAAAAUUUAGGAGGCAUUUAAGAUUCGGUGUUCCACACAAGAAUGCAAGCAAAGAAAAAGACGAGAAAGGGAACAGCUUUAACGUAUUUCAGAUCACUGAAAAGGGGAUGGACGAAGAAAAAAUGGAAUUUUCAAAUGGAAUUGCCAACCUUUCUUACACGCCAAGCAGUUCUGAUUUAACUUAUAAGUCAAACGGUGAACUUAAUAAACGAGAUUUGGAACCAUAGUAAAGAAUUAAUACAUAAUUUAUCACCUUGUUGAACGUGUUCAUUAAGAGUUGUUAUAUAAGUAAUCUCAUACACAGGAUCUUCCAAUAGACGG